AUGGCAGGAGACUGUGGUUCAACCUGUCCAGCCUUUGGUGGCUUCUACGCAUACAAUCCAAGCGUAGGCGGCAAUGCCGUCCUACUGGUCGCCUUUUGCCUUCUCGCUCUGGCGGCCCCCUAUCUCGGCUUUCGAUCGCGGACAUAUCUAUUCUCUGCGGUGCUCACAACCGGACUCUUUUUCGAAGUGUUGGGAUUCAUCGGCCGGCUCCUGCUACACUCGAACCGAGACCACCAAGGUCACUUCUUCCUGUUCUUGUUUGGGACAGUUCUCGGCCCAUCAUUUCUCAGCCUCGCCAUCUUUAUCAUCCUCCCUCAUAUCCUCGGCAUCUAUGGGGAGCCCAUCUGCCCGUUCAGGCCACUCCUGGCUGGUUUCGUCUUUUGGGGACUCAGCGCUGGCAGUAUGCUAUUGCAGCUAAUUGGCAUCAUCUUUACAGCAUACGAGUCCAGCGGAGUUACUCGAAAGCAAGGCGCAAUCGUCACAGCCGCAGGCUUGGCCAUCCAAGCCGCCGCACUGGUGGCAUGCACUGGGCUGCAUUUCUGGUUCACCCUGGGCCUCAGUACCAAGCGAGGAAGCCUUGAUGCCAGACACGUCCAGAUCUACUCGUCUUCCCAUUUCAAGAAGUUCCUCAUGGCAAUGGAAGUAGCGUCGACUCUCCUUAUCGUCUACUCGAUCUAUCGCCUCGUCGAGUUUGCGGAUGAAGUUUCCGGGAGCCUCUUCCAGAAUGAGUCUGCCUUUAUGGUACUUGGAGGAGUGUUGCCAUUCUUUGCUGGCGGCCUCUUGACCUCGUUCCACCCCGGGACUGCGUUCCUUGGUGCCUGGGACUCGACAUCACCCCGAGGAACUAAGCGUCACAGACGGCCAGAUCCGAUCCAGUCUCCGACUCCAAGCGGUCAUCCCGUUCAUCAUCUAUACGAACCCGAUAUUCGAAAGCAGCUCUCUCCCACUUCUUCGAAACUCGCGAGAGAUUCGGUGGGCUCUCCUGAGUUGCCACCAGGCUCCCUCGGCCUCCCUUCACAUCCCAAGGCUGCUUUGAGCCCACAGAUCCCAAGGGAUGAUGCGACACCACGCAAGGGGCCGCCUGAACCGUUGAACCUUACCAACCUUGCUUCGCGACAAAGCUAUCGACAACAAGAUUCUGGAGGUCGAGUGGCGAAGAAUAUGGUGCACAGUGAAGAGCUGUGGUAAUGAUCCAGGGCGGCAACGGAUCAGAUGGACAUGGAUACGGUUUAGGAGCAUCCGCGAUGCUUUGGACGGGCUUGCGAACUGCCGCUGGCUGGCUGGCUCACGUUUCGCAUACAGUGGAAUCACAUUGACUGGGAUGCUUCACUGUUGGUCGAAUGGAGUACUAUGUACGGGGCUUGGAGGGUACUGGAUACCGUACAAUUUUAAGGCUUGACUGUGGAUACCAGGUAGUGCUUUGAGUGUGUGGUCCUUAUAGAUAGGAUUGGAUUGUGUGUUGGAGGCAUUGAUUCAGCGAGCGAUUGAUAUCAGGGGUAGAUAUUUGGCGCAUAUUUUACCCACAAGAUGGCUAGUUUACAGGGACUUUAGGAACUCUAUUUACUUUG